CGGUGAGUCGAGCCCCUAUCCCCAUGGCGGUGGUUCGUAGGGAACUGUCCUGUGAGUCGUACCCCAUCGAGCUGCGCUGCCCGGGGACAGACGUCAUCAUGAUCGAGAGUGCCAACUACGGACGCACCGACGACAAGAUCUGUGACUCGGACCCAGCACAGAUGGAGAAUACUAGAUGUUAUCUGCCCGACGCAUACAAGAUCAUGUCGCUCAGGUGUAACAACCGUACCCAGUGUGUUGUGGUAGCAGGACCUGAUGUCUUUCCUGACCCCUGCCCUGGAACAUACAAAUACCUGGAGGUGCAGUACGAGUGUGUCCCCUACAAAGUGGAACAGAAAGUGUUCCUGUGUCCAGGUAUCCUACGAGGUGUGUAUCAGAGUGAACACCUGUUUGAGUCAGACCACCAAUCAGGAGCCUGGUGUAAAGAUCCAUUCCAGGCCUCUGAUAAGAUAUACUACAUGCCCUGGACCCCCUACCGUACCGACACACUCACAGAGUACUCCUCCAAAGAGGACUUCAUCGCAGGACGACCGACGACCACGUACAAGCUCCCUCACCGCGUCGACGGAACAGGCUUCGUGGUCUACGACGGAGCAUUAUUCUUCAACAAGGAGCGGACGCGCAACAUCGUCAAGUUCGACCUCCGCACGCGCAUCAAGAGCGGCGAGGCCAUCAUCGCCAACGCCAACUACCACGACACCUCGCCGUACCGCUGGGGCGGCAAGUCGGACAUCGACCUCGCCGUCGACGAGAUCGGCCUCUGGGUCCUGUACGCCACGGAGACGAACAACGGACGCAUCGUCGUCUCGCAGCUCAACCCCUACACGCUCCGCAUCGAAGGGUCCUGGGAUACCGCCUACGACAAGCGGACCGCCUCCAACGCCUUCAUGGUGUGUGGCGUGCUCUACGUGGUGAAGACCGUCUACGAGGACGACGACAACGAGGCAACGGGCAAUAAGAUAGAUUAUAUGUACAGUACCACCCAGAGUAAAGAGACCUACGUGUCCAUCCCCUUCCCUAACUCUUACCAGUACAUAGCAGCAGUGGACUACAAUCCCAGAGACAAUCUGCUGUACGUCUGGAAUAACUACCAUGUCGUCAAAUACUUACUGGACUUUGGGAACAACGACAAUAGAUUGG